CAGUGGUAGAUAAGCUGCUUCUCUUUGGGAACCUCUCUAGCCAUAUUUAACCCAGGAGCAGAAUGAAGCAAAAUUAAAUAGUCUUGCUGGUAGUAUUUGAUCCUCAGGUUGGACACAUCUAUAUGGGAAGAGUUUUACAAAGUCAGAAUAGCACAUGAACAAAGUGAAAUUCUUGAAGUGCUAGCGGGGUAGCGUCAUUGCCAUUCCAGGACAGGGCCUCAGCUUGUAAAGCAGACCUAGCGUGUCGCCUGUAUCAGUGACCUAUGUGGGAAGACUGCAACUUGGGACAGUGUUUCUGCCGGAGAUGUAUGCAUUGAUCAGAGAGUCACAUCUCCAUGUGACUCAGAUGUUUCCAAGCACAUGGAUUCCAUCUGGAUACUGUUAGGGGCGUGACUUCCUUGGGAACAAGAUAGAGGAAAAUAAAUGUUCUCCAUGUCCUAAGACUAAGGUUGCACAACAGCCAAAAUGGGAGACUGGAGUCUACUUGGGAAGUUGCUGGAAAGUGCACAGGAGCACUCCACUGUGGUGGGCAAGGUCUGGCUGACUGUGCUGUUCAUCUUCCGCAUCCUGGUGCUGGGCACCGCAGCUGAGAAGGUGUGGGGUGACGAGCAGUCGGGCUUCACCUGCGACACCAAACAACCUGGUUGCCAGAAUGUGUGCUAUGACAAGACCUUCCCCAUCUCACACAUCCGCUUCUGGGUGCUGCAGAUCAUUUUCGUCUCCACACCCACGCUCAUCUACCUGGGUCACAUCCUGCACCUGGUGCGCAUGGAGGAGAAGCAAAAGCAACGAGACAAAGACCUCGCUCAGCUGGCACCACCAGGCGACAAGCAGCCCUUGAUCGAGGAUGGAAAGGCCAAGAAGCCACCUAUCCGAGACGACAAGGGCCGUAUCCGCUUGCAGGGUGUCCUCCUCCGCACUUACAUCUUCAACAUCAUCUUCAAGACCCUCUUUGAGGUGGGCUUUAUCGUAGCUCAGUACUUCCUGUAUGGAUUUGAGCUGAAGCCCCUCUAUACUUGCAACCGUCUGCCUUGCCCCAAUGUGGUGAACUGCUAUAUUUCGCGGCCCACAGAGAAGACCAUCUUCAUCCUUUUCAUGCUAGCAGUGGCGUGCAUUUCCUUGCUCCUCAAUCUGGUGGAGAUGUAUCAUUUGGGCUUCACUAAGUGCCGCCAGGGUCUAAGCUAUCAGCGAGCUCAGAUGGCUUCUGAAACAGACUCAAAGACACCAAGUGAAGCUGUCAUACCUUACGGGCCAAGCUACAAUUACUUCCCUAAUCAUCAUCCGGCGCCUGGACCCUAUCAAUCUGGCUCAAGGUACAGCCUCAAUCCCCUCACCGAGCCAGACGCAGCUUACCACCCAUACAACAGCAAGGUGGCUUACAAGCAGAACAGAGACAAUUUGGUCAUGGAGAGGAACAGUAGACCAGAGGAGAGUGACCUGAAAGCGAAGACGACCUCAAACUCCGCCCCAGAUUCGCCAGCUCAGAACCAGCGUCGGCCUAGUCGCACCAGUAAACAUAGCAUCAAGACCCGGCAGGACGAUCUGAAGAUCUGAUGGUCUGCAUUUGGUGUAGAGCUUUGAGUGCAGCAGAUAGUCGAUUAUUUGCUGUCUGCAGAAAAUGUGUGGUCUAGUCUUCAGACUGAACACGGAAUACCAUUGGAUUAGUAGUGCUACAACACGUGUCCUCCAUUUCUAACAGCGUGGGUGGAAUGGAGUGGUGGUCAAAGAGCCAUGUGGUCUAUCAUUUAAUCUGUACCCAAGUGGUUUCGGUAAUGGCUGGUUCCAUCAGAUGCUGUCUAAAUGUGUGGGCCAACUUGGUUGUGCAGGUAUUUACUUUGGAACAUACGAAAGCUUUUAGUUUUAGUUGAGAAUAACAAUCUCUGAUGACGUCGUCACCAGAGAAUCAACAAAAAAACUAAAGCCCCCCAAAUGUCUGGACUGAUUAGAAUACUAAACGUUUCUAUUCAUUAUAAGUGGAAAAAGCUAAGGCAACAUUUCCAGAGCAUGAAAAAAGGAGGGAAACAAAACUAAAAAUACAGACAGACACACAUACAUUAAGCUGGUAAUUUGGUGCAGUUCCCUGGGAACUUAAUGAAAGCUUGGAACACUAAACGCCCCCCACUGUCAGUGUGUAUACAUAUGUCACUUGGGUAUACAAAUACAGGCAGAUUUUAUAUCGGUUACUUUUACCACGAUCAUACUACAAAUUUAGAAACAUUUGCCAAAGCAGAAAUACACCCUCAGAUAUUCACAUUUCUUUACACUCACAGUGAAACAAAUCUAUGGGGAGUUCUCAUUUAAAAAACUUAACAAAUACCUUUCUUUCAGCACACUGCACAUGGACAUAAAUAUGUACAUACCCUGAGUAAUUGGUAAAGGACUGUGUACUGGUGUAUGCUUAUUAAAAAUAAAAGUGGUCAGGUGUUUGGUUGGA